AUGGCCAAAUCAAUCCUCACCAUCCACACUCAUCGCGGCCCCAAACUCUCGCCAUCAAAACUCACCCUUUCUUCUUCCAUCAGCACGCCUCCCAAAACAAUGGCCCGCACCGAAGAAGCCGAAGCUUUCUUCCACGCCGUCUACACCGCCGUCCAAGAGAUCCCCGCCGGCAAGGUAACGACCUACGGACACAUCGCCAAGCUCGUCGGGACCCACCCAACAUCCCGCUUCAACAAUGCAAACGUCCCAUGGCAGCGCGUCAUCAAUGCCAAAGGAACCAUUUCGCCGCGGUACCAUCUCCUUCCUGCCUUUCCUUGUCUCUUCCUCCGUCAUCGUCCCCAUACUCCUUCACCACCACCACCACCACCACCACCACCACCCAAGACCCUCCCUCAUCUCUACUUUCUCUUCGCAGUCCUCAAUUGGAUAGUCACCUACAAGUACCUGACAUCAAACGCUAGCUCCCAGCCCUCGGGCGCUCGAAACCAAGCCGAGGCCCUACAGGCCGAGGACGUAGAGGUCUCGCGGACAGCAAUGGGCGAGUUCCAGGUGGACUUUAGCUCCUACGGCUGGUUCCCCGAGGUCCUCCCUUCUGAAGAAGACUAA